AUGCUUUCCAGAAACUCUAUGCGCCUUGCUCGGGCCGUUGCCCAGCCCACCCCCCGCCUCGCCCGCGGCUUCGCCAGCGUCCAGGACACUCCUGCGCAGACCCUCCAGUCCGACAUCUUCAAGCCCACCAAGUACGGCGGCAAGUACACCGUCACCCUUAUCCCCGGUGACGGUAUCGGUGCCGAGGUUGCCGAGUCCGUCAAGACCAUCUUCAAGGCCGACAAUGUCCCCAUUACCUGGGAGCAGAUUGAGAUCUCCGGUGUCCAGGACAACGCCGGCCGCACCGAGGAGGCUUUCCAGCAGGCUGUUGCCUCUCUGAGGAGGAACAAGCUCGGCCUCAAGGGUAUCCUCCACACCCCCAUCAGCCGCUCCGGCCACCAGAGCUUCAACGUCGCCAUGCGCCAGGAGCUCGACAUCUACGCCUCCAUCUCCCUCGUCAAGAACAUCCCCGGCCUCCAGACCCGCCACAAGGACGUCGAUCUCUGCAUCAUCCGUGAGAACACCGAGGGUGAGUACUCCGGCCUCGAGCACCAGUCCGUCGAUGGCGUCGUCGAGUCUCUCAAGAUCAUCACCCGCGCCAAGUCCGAGCGCAUCACCAAGUUCGCCUUCCAGUUCGCCCUUGCCAACCAGCGCAAGAAGGUUACCUGCAUCCACAAGGCCAACAUCAUGAAGCUCGCCGAUGGUCUCUUCCGCGGCACCUUCAACCGCCUCGCCAAGGACUUCCCCCAGCUCGAGUGCAACGACAUGAUCGUCGAUAACGCCUCCAUGCAGUGCGUCAGCAAGCCCCAGCAGUUCGACGUCAUGGUCAUGCCCAACCUUUACGGUGGUAUUCUCUCCAACAUCGCCGCUGCCCUCGUCGGUGGCCCUGGUGUCGUUCCCGGCUGCAACAUGGGCCGUGAUGUCGCCGUCUUCGAGCCCGGCUGCCGUCACGUCGGUCUCGAUAUCCAGGGCAAGGACGAGGCCAACCCUACCGCUCUUCUCCUCAGCGGUGCCAUGCUCCUCCGCCACCUCGGUCUCGAUGACCACGCCAACCGCAUCUCCAACGCCGUCUACGACGUUAUUGCCGAGGGCAAGACCCGCACCCGCGAUAUGGGCGGCGAGGCCUCCACUCACGAGUUCACCCGCGCCAUCCUCAACUCCAUGGAGAAGUCUCUCUAA